GCCGCCGCCGCCACAACCGGUUCGUACCGGCACCGGCCGCGCGGCGCCGCGGCCCGCCCCGCCCCGCCGGGGAUGCGGGGCUGCCCCGGCUCGCCCCGGGGGCGGCUCCUGCCCCCCGCCCCGCCGCCUCCCGCUGCCCCGCCGCACCCGGCGGGCUCGCAGGUCGCUGCCGCUGCGCGGGCGAGCGUCUGUCAUCGCAGCGGGUCCGGGGGCGGAGGGCGUAACGCGUGACCCGGUCCUCGGGGUAUAAGAGCGCAUCCGUCCUGGCGGGGACCCGGCCGAGGAGCGGCUCAGAGGCAGCAGACACCGGAGACAGCGGACACCGAGGGAGCGGAGCGCCUGCAGAUAGAAUUGCCACGUGAAGCUACGCUUGUAGAGAGCUGAAGGAUUCUAGUUCAUCUUCUCCUAUACAAUUCGCUCAGGAUAGCCAGGGCACUUAACAGCUGGUGACCACAUGGUUCUCUUGUUGAACAAUGAUGUAUAUUAAUGCCUGAGAUCGUCGCAGAGCCGAUUUAACACUGGAAAAUGAGAAGUUCUCGCUUUCUGUAAUAUAAUACUGAGAAUCUGCGUGUACACCUACACUCAUCUUACAAGAUGGUAUUUCAGAAACCACCAGAUGGUGGCUGGGGCUGGGUGAUCGUUGUCGUUUCCUUCUUUACUCAGUUCUUGUGUUAUGGAUCACCGCUGGCGGUGGGAGUCUUGUAUUUAGAAUGGCUGGAUGCUUUUGGAGAAGGAAAAGGCAAGACGGCUUGGGUUGGAUCGCUAGCAAAUGGAAUUGGAUUGCUUGCCAGUCCUGUCUGCAGUAUUUGCGUAUCAUCUUUUGGAGCACGACCAAUUGCAAUCUUCAGUGGCUUUAUGGUGGCUGGGGGCCUCAUGAUGAGUAGUUUUGCACCUAAUAUAUACUUUCUGUAUCUUUCAUAUGGGAUUGUUGUUGGGCUUGGAUGUGGCCUUUUAUAUACCGCAACAGUUACCAUCACUUGCCACUAUUUUGACAAACGCAGAGGCCUUGCACUUGGUCUGAUUUCAACAGGCUCAAGUGUUGGACUUUUUAUAUAUGCAGCAUUGCAAAGAGAGCUUAUUGAUCUAUAUGGACUGGAUGGCUGUCUGCUAAUAGUUGGUGCGCUGUCUUUAAAUAUAUUAGCAUGUGGCAGUCUGAUGAGACCAUUGGAGUCAUCUGAUUCCCCUUCACCAGAAAAAGCAUGCGUAGACAAAGUCUCAGAUCAAUAUUUCGUUUACCAUGAAAAAGAAAAGACUGUUGAAGAAAAUAUAAGCAUCCUUGAAAAGGGCUACAUUGAUGAAAAAUGUGUGAACAAUGUGCCUGAUUAUAAACAGGAUAGCAUUUUAAAUAAGAAUGUGUUAACCUCAAUAAAUGUAAAUGAGAAAGACACUUAUAAAAAGAAAGUUGUAGAACAGACAAACUUCUGCAAGCAACUUGCCAAAAGGAAGUGGCAGCUCUAUCUGAACUACUGGGAGGAAACUGUGGUUCUCUUUAAGAACAAAGUAUUUUCAGCUCUCUUCGUUGCCAUCUUGCUCUUUGACAUUGGUGGAUUUCCUCCUUCGCUGCUGAUGGAAGAUGUAGCAAGAAGUGCAAACAUCAGUGAAGACGACUAUCAUGUGCCCCUUAUUUCCAUUAUAGGCAUUAUGACUGCUGUUGGCAAACUUACUUUAGGAAUACUGGCAGAUUUUAAAUGGAUUAAUACUUUAUAUCUAUACGUAUCUACCUUAAUAAUGACUGGAGUAGCCUUGUUUGCGAUUCCAUUUGCCAAAAGUUACCUUACAUUAGCGAUGCUUUCUGGAAUUUUGGGUUUUCUGACUGGAAACUGGUCAAUUUUUCCAUAUGUAACAACAAAGACUGUAGGAAUUGAGAAACUGACACAUGCAUAUGGAAUAUUAAUGUUCUUUGCUGGACUUGGAAAUAGCCUCGGACCACCAAUUGUAGGUUGGUUUUACGACUGGACACAGGAAUAUGGCACUGCAUUCUAUUUCAGUGGCUUUUGUGUUUUACUUGGUGGAUUUCUUUUGCUGUUGGCAGCAUUACCCUGCUGGAAUGCCUGUACCAAUCAGAGCUCAAAACUGCCUCCAAAUACUUACUCCUACAAAGUUGCAUCUAGCGCUUAGAUGACAACUGGAAAACACUUCAUGCUUUUUUAUAUUAUAUAACAAAAUAUUUUAGUAAUUUUCCACUUAUUUAUGAAGUCCAAAAAUCCUCUUCCACUAGAAAAAUUCCAUUGCUUGAUGUUCCGUUCUUUUUUUUUAAAGACCAGUCUUAUUUUGUCUACUAUGUACUGUGUUUUCAGCCUUUGUCUACUGUAAUUUCCUUUCACCCUGUAAUGGGUAUAUUCUGCUGUAUUAUCAGCUGUAUUUUUUUAAGGGGGGAGGGGGACAAAGACUUUGAAACAAAAAUAAAGGCCUGAUCCUUAUAGGAGAAGGAUGGCAUUACUGUCACCUUUUAUAGGUCUCUAAGUUGCACAAUCAGACUUUACAGAACAAAAAUUUGCCUUAUUAGAAUGUAACAACUGUGGUGAGGUGCUUGUAAUAUUAUGCUUAGGUUAACUUUUUUUUUUUUUAAAGUUUCUACAAUUUAAAAUGAAGUGCCAAUGCAGGGGGGAAGAAGAGGGGGAACAAAACCAACCUUGUGUUAUAUAACUGAAGUGAACUUUAUGAUGAAAGUAAAGAUUCUUACUACCACUGAAACUAAGAGCUAUGUUUGUAAGUAUUGCAUAUUUUGUGAAGUCUGUUUAUAAAACUGUUGAACCAAAAUCUUUUAAACCAAGGAAUAAAUAUGAUUGUUGAAACCA